CUAUCGAUCAAAAUAAUUGUUCUUUUUAUACAUAUACCAAAAUAUUAAUGGUAACGUUCACUUUCAUAAAUUAAUUACAAUUAUGGUAUAUUUCUUACUUAUUAUUUUUAUCAAGGAUAUCAGUUUGUGUCGAGCAAUAUGACAAAAUAUAGUAUUCAUUCGAAGAAUGCAGGCAAUCAUAAGGAUGGUUUCAAUUGUCACAUUGACGAGGUUAAAAUAGAUUCUUUGUCCGAGCCUACGGCUAGUUCAAUUGACGUUCCAUGUCUGCCGGUAAAAUUGGCUUCAGACCCUUACAUAUAUUAUACCGUGAACUAUGAUGAUCUAUGUGGUCCAUGGCGUACUCCACAAAAUCCAGCACAUCAACUGUACGAUUCUACAUUGGUACCACGACUUUGUACUUGGGAUUUUAUUGCAUCGGAAGACAUCUCAUUCAUGAAAAAAUAUCAGACUGACAAAGCACAAAUUGUUUCAUUUCUUGAAACAAAGUUAUGUGAUAUUAAAUUCAAAGAUAAAAGCAAACGUAUAUUUUUAGGGAAAUUUUAUAAUGGAGGAGGUUUUUCUUUCAGAAAGAAUUGCUUUUCGGGUAAAGCAGUUUCCGCUCUGCUGGGAUUAGUUUAUCUAACUCAUCGUCACUUUUUGCAAUCUCCAUGGAUAACUGCUGCUGAAAUUUAUAAAUUCUUCUACGAUGGAGUUCUGCUGCACUCUGUCUCAGAACCACCCAAAAAGGCUGAAAUUUUCAGCCCAAAGGAAUGCAAUUUAUCCCUCAAGCUGUUCUGGUCGAUUUACAUGCAAAACCUUGCCCUUUUACACGUUUCCUGUAUUCCUAAAUAUCGUUUGAUCUUCAAGUUGGAAAAUCCUCCAGUGGUUCUCGAAAAGGCAACGUCUCAAUCUGUUUCUCUAACCGGUACUGAAAAGAAAAAGAAGAAGUAA